CGAACAUUCAAGAUGGCGGAUUAAAAAGAGUGACGGUUUGUACACAAAUACACAAUUUAUUGAACAAAGUAAAGUAGAAAACAAUGAAUGCUCCAGCAACUUUUGAAACGUUUUUACUCCUUGAUGGAGAGAAAAAGUAAGAAUGUGUUAUAGUUAAAUUAUAAUUAGUGUUAUAGUAAAUUAUAGUUAGUUAAAGUAGUUUUUAUACUAGUUAACUUUUAUAUAUUUUCCAUUACGCUUAGCAAUACCUGUAAUUAGGUCAUGCAAAUAAAGCUUAUUAAUAAUAAAAUACAGUAAAACUGGAUUGCAGACUUAUUUUAUAUUUCAAAAGACUCUAUAUAAAAACAUCAACAUGUAUAAUCAAACGAAUUAUGUAUUUUGUUUACAUUAGAAUUACCAUCACAAAAGAUACUAAAGUACCAAAUGCUGCUCACUUCACAGUGAACAAAGAGGACCAUACACUCGGCAACGUACUUCGUGCGUAAGUGUAAUUAUGAAAUCUAUUGAACCAAUGUACACUCACAUAAAUUUGUAUAUACUUUCACUUUUGUAGAUACUUUCACUUUUGUAGAUACUUUCACAUUUACAAAAUGUCCAGAUACUAUAGGUCCAGAGCUGCCAAGUACAGAGCCAUGAUGUACAAAUGCCAGAUGUGGGCAAUUUUUUGACACCACACUUGUUUCUCAUCCUUUGGUUGUAUGAUAAGGCCAAAUUAAAAAAAAACAAACUUGGUUAGCGUCACCGUCCGCCUCUCGAUUUCUGCCGCCUUUUUUUUAUGUAAAUCUCUUUGUUUUACAGCUUAAAACAGUUUAAUAUUUGAAAUUUUUCUCAUGCUCAGACCUUCGUGCUAUAUACUGAUAGAUUGGAGCGCGUGGUCUCGGGUAUACAAGGUUCUUAUAGCAAAAUGGCAGCCUUUGCAACAACAGUACAAAAAUAUCACUGAUAUGGUGGAAAAACCGCCCCAUCCCCCCAAAAAAUACUAUUAAAAAUUAAAAAGGAGUAAAAUGUUUUAACGAUAACCAACUAUUUUUUUUUAUUUGGCCUAACAUUGCCCAGCUGAAGUGAACUUUAUAAAAACAAUUUGCACUACCGAUAAAAAAGCAUCAUCCACAUAAACUUCAAAUUCACUGGUAAAUUUCCCAAGCGUAGUUAAUAACAGGUUUCAACAUCAAGUUUUUCAUGACAUUUUUGUUGCAGAUUUUUUUUUGCUUCCUGUAACAGACGCAUGCAGUCAUUAUGUUUGAUCUUAUCAAAAAGACACAAGAACUUCUGACACUUGACAUUCUUUAUAAUCCAAGUUAUCCAUAACACUUAGGAAAAAAUACUGCCGUGAGAGGUAGAAUUGCUGGCGGGUUCAAUCUUAAUGGCUUAAUGGAGACAAUUUCCGGCUUACAGAAAUUUUGCCAAAUUCCAAUGGCUGAUGCUUGGAAAGCAAUAAAACUACAGAUACUGACCUUACAAUUAAUAAAAAGAAAAAAAACACUUUAAUUUAUAAAUGCUAUUAAAGUUGAAUAUGGGUUAGAUCAAUUAACAGUCAUCGUUUAGAAUGCUCACCUAAACCUAUUGUGAACGUUUUAUGCAUAUCUUUUAGGCAACUGUUGAAGGAUCCUCAGGUGUUAUUUGCAGGAUAUAAAGUACCACAUCCCCUUGAAUCCAAGUUUAUCCUACGUGUUCAGACCACCUCAGAUUCCAGUCCACAAGAAGCAUUCACAAAUGCCAUCACAGAUCUCAUCAGUGAAGUCUCUUUAUUAGAAGAAAGAUUCAAGGUACUGUAGUAUGGACCAGCAUCUAGUCAGGGUGACAUCCAGCUAAUUUUGAAAAAUAACAAUUAUAUCGAGCGAAGACCCUUCAUUGGUUCUUCCUGUAGCAGCUACCAACUUUCCAACGAAGGCCCUUCACUCGCAACGUUGAAGUUCUCAUAGGCAUAUGAGAUGGGGUGGGGGCAAUCCCAAUUUUGGAAACCAUCGAAAUUUGGGGCAAAUGCUAGGAAAAUCAAGAAAAUUCGGGCAGAUUUAUCAGAAAAUAGGUUAAAUUUGGGCAAUUUCAUUACAAUCCCUCCAUAAAACGGCAAACUUUCAAACCAAGGAAAAACAUCAGCCCCGUACGCCUAUGGAAGUUCUCAAUAAUGCUAGCAGAAUUUAUGUGUGUUCACACUACAGUUUGUUACAGAUUCAUUAGCACUCAUGCAUGCAAACCCAAAAUGUUUCAAAUAGAGCAAAGAAAUUUGAAUGAAAAUCAUUCGAAUUUACUGUUUUGAGACCUGAGAUGUUUGGUUUGCAAGCUGUACAAAAAAGUAACGGCGUUUGUGUUCACAAUGGGCCGACACGAACAAGAGACCAGGUACAUGGCAUGUCUAUGUCAAAAACUGAAUUACAUAAAAACGAAUAAGUCUCUUAACUUAAUGGUUAAGCAAAUUUACAUAUUGGGAUAUACAGCAUUCCAGCAACGGAUGGGUAGUAAUAUUGUGGCAACCUAAAUCCCCUUUCCCCAAUAUUUUUUACUUAAAUAUCUACAUUUUAUUGCAGGCAGCGAUUAAAGAAAAGAAAGAUGGCAUAGACUGAUAUACCUGGAAGAGAAUUUCUUCGAUACAUAACUACAUUUAACAGUCAUUAUUCCCAAGCAUCAGAACAUAUGUUCAAACUUUGCAAUAAACACUUAAAUUAAACAAAAAGGAAGGAUGUAGCAGGGCUGUAGCCACCGGUCCAGUUGUUCAACUUGGUCCCGUUUCACUGAAGAAUUUUUUAAGUUUUGACUUUGCAUCAAUAUUAUAUACCUAGAGUUCGCUUUUAAUUAAUAGAGGUUGUUGGGAUUAUCAUCUGUAAUAAGGAAACAAAUUUUCAGAUUCUCUGCUUAAUUCCACCAUGGAUAAUAAAAUACAUGUUAUUUUACAAUUCAUGAUUUCAGAGGCUCAGAGAAUAUCGAGAAUAUUAUAGCAGAGGAGUAUUCCCCCAUGGGGGGUGGACCCCCUAAAUAUUUCACACGCCUUUAUCACUCAAACCCAGAUUUACCCAGACCCAAUCCCGUUCCCCGAGCCUGCGAUCCUCGGGAAGGAACGUGAGGCUCUGAAACGUAUUAUCCCAGAGCCUCGCGUUCCUUCCCGAGGAUCGAACGAGAUUGACCCAGACCACUUCCAAAUUGUCCCCAGGUCUCUUAGUACGCACAGAGGACUAGGGGGGUAGUCUGGUGGUAGCCUGCGAACAGGCUCUCAAGCUCAGCUUGAGAGCCUGUUCGCAGGCUAGUCUGGUGGCUAUGGCUCGGCUAGUAAUGCAUUGAACAAUAAUGAUAGUGUAGGAAUAUGAAAUUAGAACUUCAUACUUUGUAAAAAUAUCGUCAGUGAAAAAUAUUAGUAGAAAUAAAGCUCAAAGAUUUUUUAACAGUUUGUAAAUGGGAAAAUAUAAUUGCGAUGGCACACUCU